UGACAACAUCGUCACAUCGGAGGUCAAACUGAUAGAUGCGCACGAAUUGCUGACGCCAACAAGGGGAUUAGUCGGAAGUGUGUUAACCAUUGCAAUGCAUCGUGGGAACGUAGGAUCGGUUCCACCUGAUGUGGUCGGGGUCAGUACGGGACAGUACGUUCUACAACACUGACAGGUGUCUCAGGAAGUUUGAAAAUGGCGUCGUCCAAGCUGCCAUUGGUGUUAGUAGUCAUUUUAGGUUGCUGUGCAAUACACACCUUGGCGAAUACGUGUCCUCUUGAGUAUCCAAUUGAGUCCUGUCCAGCCGAAGGCGAUCGUGAAGUUGACCAGUAUUGCUGUUACUCGCCGGAAGAAGGUUAUCAUUGUUGUGCAGACACACUACCAACGUGGGCGAUUGUACUGAUUUGCAUCGGGGUUGUUGCGGUCUUAGUAAUUGUUGGAUGCCUUAUAUGCUGUUGUUGCGGAUUCUGCUCCUGUAUCACAAGCUGUUGUAGGAAAGUGAUUUAAGUAGAGCCAUGCUGUAGACAUGUUGUGUGUGCCGGCCUGUUGGAGCCC